CGGAGAGCGCGGGUGGCGGCCGUUGGGGGGCUGAGUGGAUGGGCAGAGGAAGCCGAGCGGUAACGGAGAGAAGCGGAGACCGAGAGAGCCACCAUGGGGAACCGGGGGAUGGAGGACCUUAUCCCGCUCGUCAACAAACUGCAGGACGCCUUCAGCUCCAUAGGCCAGUCCUGUAACCUGGACCUGCCGCAGAUAGCGGUCGUGGGAGGACAGAGCGCCGGCAAGAGCUCGGUGCUGGAGAACUUCGUCGGCCGAGAUUUCCUGCCUCGUGGAUCAGGAAUUGUGACCCGACGUCCCCUCAUCCUUCAGCUUAUUUUCUCCAAAACAGAAUAUGCCGAGUUCCUGCACUGUAAGUCCAAGAAAUUCACAGAUUUCGAUGAAGUUCGUACGGAGAUUGAAGCAGAGACAGAAAGGGUCACUGGAAGUAAUAAAGGCAUCUCCCCUAUACCCAUUAAUCUAAGGGUGUACUCCCCCCAUGUUUUGAACCUGACCUUGAUUGACCUUCCCGGUAUAACAAAGGUGCCUGUGGGGGACCAGCCGCAGGACAUAGAGUACCAGAUCAAGGAUAUGAUCCUGCAGUUCAUAGGCAGAGACAGCUGCCUCAUCCUUGCUGUGACCCCAGCCAACACUGACUUGGCCAAUUCAGAUGCCCUCAAAAUGGCUAAGGAGGUGGAUCCUCAAGGUCUUAGGACAAUUGGUGUUAUAACAAAGUUGGAUUUAAUGGAUGAAGGCACAGACGCCAGGGACAUUCUGGAAAACAAACUGUUGCCUUUAAGACGAGGUUAUGUUGGAGUUGUAAACAGGAGCCAGAAGGACAUUGAUGGAAAGAAGGACAUUAAAGCCGCCCUAGGUGCAGAACGAAAGUUUUUCCUCUCUCAUCCUGCAUACCGACACAUCGCAGACCGAAUGGGAACACCACAUCUGCAGAAAACCUUAAACCAGCAACUAACCAACCACAUUCGGGAGACGCUACCUGCCCUGCGCAGCAAACUACAGAGCCAGCUACUGUCACUGGAGAAGGAGGUAGAGGAAUACAAGAACUUUCGCCCUGACGAUCCCACCCGGAAAACCAAAGCGUUAUUACAGAUGGUCCAGCAAUUUGGAGUUGACUUUGAGAAGAGGAUUGAGGGCUCUGGAGAUCAGGUGGACACCCUGGAAUUAUCUGGAGGUGCAAGGAUUAAUCGAAUAUUUCACGAGAGGUUUCCUUUUGAGCUUGUGAAGAUGGAAUUUGAUGAGAAGGAUUUACGGCGAGAGAUUAGCUAUGCCAUCAAGAACAUCCACGGUGUGAGGACAGGGCUUUUCACCCCAGACAUGGCAUUUGAAGCCAUAGUAAAAAAGCAGGUUGUGAAACUGAAGGAACCGUGCCUGAAAUGUGUAGAUCUGGUCAUCCAGGAGCUGAUAAACACUGUACGGCAGUGCACCAGCAAGCUUGCUUCUUAUCCCAGGCUUAGAGAAGAGAGUGAGCGAAUAGUUACAACAUACAUUCGAGAGCGGGAAGGAAAAACAAAGGAACAGAUCCUCCUGCUAAUCGAUAUCGAGCUGUCUUACAUAAACACUAACCACGAGGAUUUUAUUGGGUUUGCCAACUGUUUCACAGAGCAGCUUAUACCAGGUGCACAACAGAGGAGCACACAGCUUAACAAGAAGAGAGCCAUUCCUAACCAGGGAGAGAUUUUGGUCAUCCGGAGAGGCUGGUUAACGAUAAAUAACAUUAGCAUCAUGAAAGGAGGAUCAAAAGAAUAUUGGUUUGUGCUUACAGCAGAGUCCUUGUCCUGGUACAAAGACGAUGAGGAGAAAGAGAAGAAGUACAUGUUACCACUCGACAACUUGAAGAUUAGAGAUAUAGAAAAGGGAUUUAUGUCUACGAAGCACAUCUUUGCCAUCUUUAACACAGAGCAGCGGAACGUGUAUAAAGACCUACGGCAGAUUGAGCUGGCCUGCGAUACCCAGGAAGACGUAGACAGCUGGAAAGCAUCAUUCCUCCGGGCAGGAGUGUACCCUGAAAAAGACCAGGCUGAAAAUGAAGAGGAGGUCCCGGAAAACACAUUCUCCAUGGACCCACAGCUGGAAAGACAGGUGGAGACCAUCCGUAACCUGGUGGACUCAUACAUGGGAAUUAUCAAUAAGUCCAUCCGUGAUCUCAUGCCAAAGACCAUAAUGCACCUCAUGAUCAAUAAUUCAAAGGAAUUUAUCCACUCAGAGCUGCUGGCGUAUCUCUACUCCUCUGCCGACCAAAACAGCCUGAUGGAGGAAUCUGCGGACCAGGCUCAGCGGCGGGACGAGAUGCUCAGGAUGUACCAUGCACUGAAGGAGGCACUGCACAUUAUUGGUGACAUCACUACUAGUACCAUCACUGUUCCUGUGCCCCCACCAGUUGACGACACCUGGCUACAAAACUCACAGAACAGUGGGCACAGUCCAAAUGUGCAGCGGAGACCUGUCUCACAAGUUCUCCCUCCCAAUCGUCCUCCUGCAGUCCGAGGUCCAACUCCUGGCCCCCCACUCAUCCCAGUACCUGUAGGGGGUUCCAACUAUAUUGCCCCACCUAUUCCAUCUCGCCCAGGUCCUCAAGGUCCUUUUGCCGCUGCUAACAAUGACCCAUUUUCUGCGCCCCCGCAGAUACCAUCUCGACCAGCCCGUAUUCCACCUGGGGUCCCCCCAGGUGUUCCCAGCCGGAGACCUCCUGCCGCCCCAAACCGGCCAACCAUAAUCCGACCGGCAGAGCCCUCUUUGCUAGACUAAGAGUCAAGAGAGGCCCAUGGGGGCAUUAGCGAUGGCAACUCUGCAGUUAUCAGUUUGGGAUGAGGGAGAAAGAAAGAGAGGAUUAUACACAGGGGGUGUUCCAGUCUUCGUUUUUUUCACAGACGUGGAGUCCUCCCAGCUGUGUAAUUCAUGCGCCUCAUUCUUGACCAGUCUGAUAGAAAUAGACUUUCUAUGAUUCGUGAAAAUGAUAUAAAUGAAAUAUAUCUUAAGAUUGUGACCUCCCCACAGUAUCUGUAGAGUGUGAGACGUCCAGACUAGUCACGCUCUUCUGAAGGGAUAAGAGGUUUCUAGAAUGGAAGUGACAGAAGCUGCCAUUUUGAUCGUUUUAUAGUCUCUCUCCUAUCCUCGGUGCAUAACUGUAUUUAUUUACAAAAUGAUAACGCUGCAUUUUAAAGAAGCUUCUAAUUUUUGUGCAAUUAUGUUUUGGAAGCCAAUUUACCUCACGGUUGCUUCCUGAUUUAGAAAUUUGAAAUUUCUAGAACUAUUCUCUACAGAAAAUAUAAAUCCGAGAGUAAAAAUAAUCGGCACUGUAUUGUCUAAACAUAUUUUAAAGUGCAUAACUCUUGGUUCAUUCAAAAUGGCUGCCUUCUAGACCUUUCCUCCUGUUUGUCUAGAAUUACUUUCUGUGCAGCUCUGACCUCGGACGUUACCAGCUGUAACCUAAUUUGUAAAUCCCUUUUGCGCAUCUCAAGCUUGCCUCUUCAAAAUGGCAGACUCUUUAACCACCAAGUUCUAGGUCAUGAUUUUAAACUCUUUCAUGAAUUGGUUGGGCUCCAAAGUCUAUUUCUAUCCCAGAAAUGGUUGCUUUGACUGAAGAUGAAGUAACGAGAAACAAAAGCAGGGUAUAAUGAGAUGCUGAACAAAAUCGUUUAACAACACUGGUGUGUAAUAUGGAAAAUCUAGUCUGAUGGAUGCAGGAUCCUGUAUUUAACCAACUUUUGUAAUAUAAAUAGCUUCUACAUAUUCCAUGUGUAGAAUUAAAAUGUUCUUCUAUCCCUAUGAAAUGUACAUUUUGGGGGGUGGGGGUUUGUUUUUUCCUGGGGGAAGGUAAAAUUUAAGAAAAAAGUAUUUGAAUCCAUUUUCCCGUAAUGGCAAAAGCUCUAUCCUGUGCCAACUGAUAAGCAGCAUUUAUAGUUUUGAUUAUUUUUAAUCAGUGCCUUAAUGCUGCAUGCAGGGCUUGGGAUUUGCGGAUUGUAUGUGGAAUAGAAGAUACAUGACCAGCACUUUUCGGAAUGAUCUGUAGAAACACAUUGCAUAGUCCUCUUGUUGUAAAGGAGAUGUGACCUAUUAUUAAAAAGAACACCCUGCAAAUUGAAGGUGCCAUCUUUCUACCCAACUGGUUAAUGUUUUAAUGCUAAACGAGAGUCCCCAGCAUCGUAUCCCCUAUCUGCUGCGUGAACUAAGGAAGCAUUAGCCUGAGCAACAGCGGGUGGCUGUGAUUAACUGAGAGUGUCUAGCCUAUCACAGCACCCAUCGUAGGUAUGAAUUAACAUGGGUAGACGGAAGUGUGAAAUCUCUGCCUUAGCCUUACCUCCAGUGGGGGCCGCACUGUCGGUGUUCAGGGCCCUUAUUUAGUGUUAUAAAGCGAAUUCAGCGAGAUGAAAUGGUUACAAUGCCUACAGUAUACCUUUAUGCCAAUUUCUGAGCUGUGAGAGGAGUUAUGAAAUUAACUGACCAUAUCCUCACUUUGCGCAUAUAAACACAUUAUCAUUAGCACAUAAGGAGGUUAGCAAGAAAGUACUCUAAUAGGGCCCACUACAUAUCAAUAUGGUGUAUGAAGGUCCCAGCAACAUGUCUAAUAAUGUGAUACCCCCUUAUCUUAAUUAGAUAAAGGACAGCUAACCACAUUUCUGAUUAGGUAAUCUGAAGAAAAAAGAUAAGUGGCCACUGAUGUCAUAAGUGGAUAUUGCUCACAAAUAUGUCUUAGCAUUAGAUUGUUCAUAACCACUCAACAUGGCAUUAAAGGCCGCUAUCAUGUCCCGGAAUGGUAAUAUGAGAUUGUUUAUAUGGCAUCAUAUUUGGUAGAUUACGGUCAUGUUGGCUGUGAUGACUUCAUGAAAAUCUAUCAACAAGUCGAGAGCUAAAAUGGGUCAUUCUUCCCAUUUUAGAACCUCUGCACCUUGUAUAAGACCCCCAAACCCGUUCACAACACGGUCUAUAAUAAUCAUGAUCUGUUCUCCUUAGAUACAUAUAUUUUUAAAAAAUUUUAUUGAUAAUAUUUCAAGUCCAAUUAAAUGUUUGCAAGGAAAUUACACCAUUGUUGCACACGUUCCUCUCGUGCCUCACCCGAAGCACGUUCGGAAUCUGCUUUCCUUUUAUUUAUGUGCGUAUAGAAAUCUGUAUAUCACAUUGCAGUUGCCACAGGUAGUAUUUCACCUUUCAAUACAUCUGAAGGCAUCACUGAAUUCCUGAUAAUGCAGAACUAAAAUGGUCAAUAUAUCUGCAGUGGUGAAGCCAUGCGUCUUUAGCUCAAGUAGGACCACAAUUCCCACCCGGACCGAAGAGCUUGAGAUACAUGGCUUGACCAUUCUGAUAGUCCUAUACAGCUUGAAGGACCUGCAAUGUGUAAAUCUACACUCUCCUCGGCACGGUAUAUGGGAAGCGAGAUAGAUACUCAGUGCUCUAUAUUGCUGUCUUGUGAUUUGGUAUAUUCUGAAUUUAGCUUUCUAGGUGGAGAGGAUCGGCUUGACAUUAGAAAUGUUCUUUGUUAACUGGAAAGCGAUGACUUGUUAACACAUCAACACAACUCUGCAGAUGUGUACCUGCCCCAUUCUGUACCUUAUUAAUAAAGUUUAAAAUAAAGGGAACUUUAUUCUUCUA